UUUUUUUUUUCAAAAUUCUUUGACAAAAGGGUCAACUAUACAUAUCAACAUGAAGAUGAUAGUUGGUCCCAUCUUGUAAUUGAUUACAGCAAUAAUUUUCCUGUGUCUCAAAUUUGUGCAUGUUUUGUGCGUAAAUCUGCCAAAUCGAUUCUUUCCAAAGCUGAGCGUCGAUUUUCUCCAAACAAAACAUUCAAACAAAAUCUUAACAAUUUCUAUUUCAUAAUAGUUUGGAAUAAAGGGCUAAGAUAUACAUUGACCUAGGACGGACAUUCUAUAUGCAUGUAAAUACAAUAUCACCAUGAGUUUACUACAUUUAUAUUUUUUUAACUAUGACCAUGCUAAAAUAUUAACAGUGCAUUGUUGUUGCCAUUAAAUUAUUAAAACACUACAGAAUAGACUAAAGAUUCCCGUAACUACAAAUGUCAACGAAUGAAGAGCUUUUAAAACAUACUAUGAUGUAUCUUUUCGCUCUACUAUUUUAUUAAAGCUACUUUUGUGCAGCGUCUCGGUCUUUUAUUUUGAAAAAUAAAUUAUUUCGCACACUCAACAGCUGUCAUCGUUGCUGUUUUCACGGAUACUGCCGCUUGUUGAUACUGUGUCACGAAACGAAAGCUGAGUGAUAAUUGCGAUAGUCGACACAUUAUUAUUUCUGGCCAGUAGUACUUUAUUAAUAGUUUUGUGUAGAUUUACACAGGCCUUUGACUUGAGUCUCAUGGCCGAGUACUGUAAUUAGUUUUAGCUAACCAGCAAUGGAAUCUGAGAUAUUUAGCAACGCAACCGGCAUGUAGUAGAUAUAUAAACCAAGCCACGAUAGCUCUUUAAAACCUUGGUGCCUUUUCUGAUGUUUUGUUUUCAGAAUACUGUUGAAUAUCUUAACAUCUUUGAAUUAUAAUUUUACACUACAUCUUGGACCGAAAAUACGGACGAAAAUUCCUACUGUCACUUACCUCUCUGCAAAACUGCUGCUUCAAGUAAGUUAACAUCAGUCGAUUACAAGCUUCACUAAAAUAAGGCUAUGGCCGAAGAAAACACCCAAUUUUGCAGUAACUGCAAACAUGACAUUCCAGAAGCCAACUUCACUACACAUGAGAUUCAUUGUCGGAGGAACAUUUCUCUAUGUGAUGUGUGCCAGGAGCCUUUUCCUCGCGCUGAACUUGUGCAGCACAAAGAGAUGGAUCAUGCAAAGGAACAAUGCAAAUGUGGUUUAAAGGUAGAGAAGAGGUUCAUGGAGACCCAUCAGAGGUCAGAGUGCAGUCAGCGAUUGGUCCCGUGUCAGUUCUGCGAUCUGGAGCUGGCCUUCUGUCAGUCAAAAGAGCACGAAGAGUACUGCGGGACCCGCACCGAGCCCUGCCUGGUCUGCAAGUGUAACGUUAUGCUGAGAGAGCGAGACGUCCAUCCAGCCCUGUGCGGUAGCCUGACUCCCCCUCAGGAGAGGCACAGUGGUAGGGCAGGGUCCCAGUCUCCUGGAGCAUGGUUUGAGACUCACUCCAUCCAUAACUUGUUGAGGGCCCAGGAGAGGAGCCACAAUAAUAACAACACUGGGGCAGCAGACCGCCGGGGCCCACCAAGACCUUUAGAGGACAGACUUCACAAUAGCACCAGAGGAACAGUGUGGGCAGGAACCCGGAGAAACACAGAAACGAGCCACAAUGAAUUUGCUUAUUUGCUGGAUCAGGAAGCAGAGCUGGGAAACAACAACAACAGUCUGCUGUGGUCACUCGGCCAGCUGCCAGACUACGACUCCUCCAGUCUGGACUACAUGCUGGCCCUCAGCCUGCAAAGUGAAGGUGACUUGGAGGACCCUGGGUGUCAGGAGGGUGUGUGGACCGAUGUGUGGGACAAUCGGCUGGGAAGGACACCAGCCCAUAGCAAUCUGGCUCCCUCCAGCACUAACAACAACAGCACUGCAGCUCCCCCGAAAACCAAUACGGCCCCAGCACAUAGCCCUUCGUCAAGCAUCAUGCUUCCUUGCGAGUUCUGUGAAGAACUCUUUCCGGAGGACGACCUUAUCUUGCAUCAGACUGGCUGCAGCCCUGCCUCUGCUAUUGCUUCGUUCAGUAAACAGGCUCCCUCCCUUCACUAUGAAGAUGUCAUCACUCACGACGCUGGUCAUGUCAUUCCUCCUCGCACAUCCAGUCCACCCACCCUGCCCCUUUCUGUUUCUCCACUCUCAUACAGUUCCUCCUCCAGCCCUGUUGAGGGCGACGUGCUCAUUCCUUGUGAGUUUUGUGGAGUUGCCUUAGAAGAGAAUGUGCUCUUUCACCAUCAGGAUAAGUGUGAUGUCCGGCCUCAGACAGCUUAUUCGAUAGAUGGAGUAUCUCCACGGAAACCACACCACCAAGACGCCCCUGAAAAGAGAUCUCCUGAGAGGCAGAGGAGGGUGAGACAUCAAGCCGACCCGGGUAAGGAGCUUUUUCAGCCGACAGCUCAGGGGUGGCAGAAAGACUCCUCAGGUUUGGACCAAUGGAAGCCCUCAGCCUAUGGUUACACCAAGAACACAAAUGCUGAGCAGCAGGUGAAGAGCAGGAACCAGAGGCGCAAAGUUGUUGAGGCUAAUGCUGUACUGGGUGAUAGCCUCAGGCUCCAUACUGCAGCCACUUCUGGACCUCCUCACAGAGAAAGACUGGAAGUUCGAAGGAGUGAGAAAAAUGCAGAGACACCAAAGGUGCCUAAAAAACAUAAUGUUGAGAAAGAGGAGGAAUAGAGGAUCAACCAAACCUUUGGCUCAAAUUUGUUACCGUUGUUUAUAUUGUGUAUGUCUUUGGCUUGUAAAUGUAUUUGUUUGGUUGCACUAGUUUUUCCUUCUUUUUCUAUGGUGAUUGUAUGUCAUUUUAAAUGUUUAUGAUUUAGGCUUUUUAAUAUUUCAAUCUUUCAAAGACAUACUUAGAGAAAUUGUUUAUUUUAUUGUUAAAUGCACACAAGUUCAAAUAUGCUUGUAUAAAAAUGGCAUUCUUUUGGAUCCUGGCAGUUUUUGCAGUGUACUGUUAUAAAAAAAAUCAUAUUGUGAAUAUUUGAGAAUUGUUUGACCAUUCGGUUGUAAGCCUGUCUCUAUGGUCUUUUUUAAUUGGCUACAUUGUUUUUGAUCACGUAACCAUCACAUGUCUUUACAAUAAAAAGUGGGACAUCAGUCCCAGUGAUUUGCUUUCUCUUA